AAGCAUCGGCCCAAAGCUCAAACGUCAGCCCCACAGUCACGUCAGCGAGUACGUGCGGCCAUGGCCGACGUUUCUGUCGUGGAGAGCCCUGUGAAAGCAGGCAAGUCUGGCAGUGGAGCAUAUGCCGUGGGCAUUUGUGCAUUCGUCGCUUUCACCGGUUUCUUCCACGGCUAUGACAACGGCGUGGUGAACGACGUCUUUACGAUGCCCAGCUUUCGAUCGAUGAUGGGCUGGCCAAAGGAGGACAACGCGGAGGUGGCUUUCUGGGAAGGUCUCACCGUGAACGGCUUCAAUGCAGCAGCAGCGAUCGCAGCAGUGCUGGCAGGACAUCUGCUGGUGGAUCGCCAUGGACGGAAGCCGGCGCUGUUGAUGGGUACUUUGCUCUUCGCGCUGGGCGGUGCUGUGCAAGCCUCGGCGCUGCACGAAUGGAUGCUGAUCCUGGGCCGCGUGGUGGCCGGCGUGGGCGUGGGCAUCACCAGCUCGGCGGGACCGGCCUUCAUCUCGGAGGUGGCACCGCAUCGGAUUCGCGGAAUGCUGGUGGGCAUCUACCAAAACAAUGUUUGCCUGGCCAUCGUCUUAGCGGCACUCCUCAACUACUUUGUGCACGACCUGGGCUACGGCUGGCGCAUUUCGCUGGGGCUGCAGGUUCUCAUGGGCGCUGCAGUGCUGCUGGGCCUCUUCUUCGUCUGCGAAACCCCGCGCUACUUGGCCUCCGCCGACCGCGCCGGCGAGGCCCUCCACACGCUCACGCGGCUGCGGGGGGAUGCGGCGCAAGCGCAGGACGAGCUGCAGGAGGUGCAACGGGAAAUCGCUGAAGAAAAGCAGACCGGCGAGGCGGCGUGGUCUGAGAUCUUCACGACGCCUUUCUUCCGGAACGUGGUUUUGAUUGGAUGCCUGGUGCAGUUCUUUCAGAUCAUGACUGGAAUCAAUGCCAUGGUGAGCUUCAGUGGGACCUUGUUCAAAGCCUUGGGCAUCUCAGGAAUUGGUCCGUCUCUCAUCCCAUUUGUGUCCUUUACCAUUGGCAAUGCCGUGGGCAGCUUCAUGCUGGUGGACCGCGUUGGACGGAGAGUGCUGCUCUUGUUUGGCAUGAUCACCAUGUGCCUUACCAUGCUGGUGGGUGGCUCCAUUGCCCUCCUGGCGCAUGACCCUGUCAGUGAUACCAUCAAUGAGACUGCCGGCGUCGUCAUUGUGACCAUGAUCGUGAUCUACAUGUUCGCCUUUGGGAUCUCCUGGGGCUUUGGAGCUUGGCUUUACAUCUCCGAGAUCAUGCCUCUGCGCGUGCGAGGCAAGGCCGUGGGCCUCUGCACUGCCAUGAACUGGGGCCCGGCCAACGUGCUCAGCGCCUUCCUGACGCCGCAGAUGAUCUCCUCGUCCAUGGGGCCUGGAGGAACUCUUCUGUUCUUCGGAUGCGUUUGCCUCAUUGUGAUUCCUUUCACGGCGACCUGCUUGCCGGAGACCAAGGGGAAGACCUUGGAGGAGGUGGUGCCGCUCUUCCGCUUCGCCGGCGCCGCGGGCUUUCGGCGCUUUGUGAAAGGAAACUUGAAGGGUGGCCUCGGAUAUGUGGAGCCGGCUCCGGGGCUGUCGGGCGCGGUGCCGAUGGAGGCCGGUGAAGAGAAGAUCUGAGAGGCUUGUAGCUUUGACUCCCUCUAAGACCCGAUCGUCACCGGUGUGUCCGAAGGGGAAGCCACCAUUGUGGACGUGUCUCUUUUGAAGGAGGUG